AAGAGUGGCCAGGAGUGGACAUGAGCGUGGAGACCGAGCUGCUGUGGCCAGGGGCGGCCCUGCUGCUGCUGCUGGGGGCGGCGGCCGGCCUGUGUGUGCGCUGCUCCCGCCCAGGUACGAAGAGGCCCGAGAAAAUCUAUGAGCAGAGGAGCCUGCAUGAGAACCAACAGAGCUUUGCAGUGGCCCGGACCUAUUCCUUGGUCAGGCAGGCCUGGCCAGGGCCCCUGGCAGACACAGCCUCUGAUGUGGAGUCAACAAGGAAGGGCCAGCUGCUGCGGUUCUCCCCCAGCCUCGACGAACCAGGGGGCGGGCAGGGCGAGGGAGGGAGUCAUGAGCCUGGCCUUUCUUCCAGAUUCUGCAUCCACCAGGGUGGCUCAGGGGCCGAGGGAAGCAGGAUGGAGGGAUCAGGGGAGAACUUGGCCAUGUCCCCACGGGCCCCGGGGAACAAUGGCUGGAGCGGCCCUGGCCUCACUGCCCCCACGGUGCCCCACUCCAACCACACGCCGGCGACUAGGCUGCGUCUGGGUUUUCUUUCCAGCGACCCCAUCACCAUGAACUGUUACAACUGGGAGCGGUUCCAGAAGCCCCCGGAAGACGACGAGGAUGCCAAUUCCUAUGAGAACGUGCUCAUCUGCAAGCAGCGCACCGAGUCAGGCGACGAGGGGUCUGAGGACUAUCAGAACUCGGCGUCCAUCCAGCAGUGGCAGGAGUCCAGGAAGGUCGUGGAGCAAGUCCUGAGAGAAGCACCCCCCUCAUGGGCAGGGAGCCCAGACGAGGACAGCGGGGAGCCUGACUAUGUGAAUGGGGACGUGGCGGCCACACAAGCCUAGAGGAGACCU